AUGAAAAUUAAAAAGAAUAAUAAUAAUAAUAACAAUAAUAGUAAAGUGAAAACAGCAGCAAAGACAUCUGUAGCUGAUACUACUACUACUACUACUACUAUUGAGGAAUUGCAAAGAAAAGAUAAAAAUGAUAAUGUCGAUAAUAAUACAACAAAUGAGAGUGGUGUGAAUGAGAGCAGCAGUAGUACUAGUUCUAGUGAGAGUGAAAAUGAAAGUGAGAGCGAUAAUAGUGGUAAUGCAAACAGCACCAGCAGCUCUGUUCAAUCAGCUGAGAGUAGUAAUAGAGUGGUGUCACCCACAACAAAACUAGGUAAAAAGAUGUUGGUAGUAAUUGGCAUUGUAGAAUCACUGCUCUGCUUAUUGGAAUCGAUAGUAGUAAUGCUUUUCUUGCAAGCGACCGUACUUGCGAUGUAUCAAGCUGCUAUCAAAUUUACAAAUAUCGAAAUAAACAAUAAUAAAAAUAAUGAUAAUGAAACGUUAAACAACAACAAUAAUAAUAAUAACAACUUCAACACUACCACCAACACCACUACUGAUAUCAAUAAUGACAACACCAUUGAUACAUUUAAAUUUGUGCCAUUGGUUAUUACUUUGCAUACAUUAUAUCUAUUGGUUCGUUUUAAGUAUUUGUUUAAAUAUGUAAAUGACUUUCCACAAUGGUUUGGUUUAUUUGGUAGAAAGAAUAAUAAUAAUAAUGGUGCAAACAAAGCAGUAGCGACACUCUCGAAACGACCAAUACAAUUUAUACUUUUGUUAUUCUCUGUAGUAUUUGGUUCAUUUUUAAUACAGUUAAUCAGUGGUCGAUGGAUUUACAAUUUAAAAAACAUUUACCAUGAAGGUACCGCCGAUUUUAACUAUCCAAUGAUGUUUUUGUUGGCAAUUGCUGCCCCAGUUAGUGAGGAAAUAUUGUUUAGAGGAAUCAUUUUCUAUAUCUUUAAAAGAAGAUUCGAAUCCAAUUUAAAGCUAUGUAUCAUCUUACCGAAUGUAUUAUUUGGACUCUAUCAUCUUGUCAAUAUCAAUAGUUCAUUCUCUAUAUUCUAUAUAUCAAUACAGGUUGUUAUGGGAGUUCUAUUCGGUAUGAAUAUGAGUAUUUUCUUUAUCCAAUCGAAAUCGCUUGCAACACCCAUAAUUGUUCAUAUGCUUAAUAAUACAAUGGCAAUGUUUUUGCCAACUUCGAUGACCGACUUCACAGAUCCGAUCAUUUUAUUUGAUUGUAUAUGUGGUAUUCAAUCGAUUAGCAAAACCAAUGUCAACAAUAAUAAUAAUGUUUACAACAAAAAACCAAAAAAGAAGAUUUAA